CCAUCCCAAAGAUGUUGGCGAGGUCGGCGCAGAUGGUUUCGUAACUCUCCCGUCUUGUCACAUCAGUGCAUAACAAGUAGAAAAACGCAGAAAGAAAACUCGGUGGGGGAGUUGUGUUUUUGCUGGGUGUCUCCGGGCCGGAACGGAAAGUGUCGCUUGUUUUGCCGUCUCGGAACUGUGACCAGGGAGGAAACCUGUGUGCGUUUGUUUAUCAGAAGGGAACGUUAUUAUCGUUCAGUGAUAACCGCAAAAAUAGCGAUCUUCGCUCGCAACAAUUUUCGGUGAAAAUAAUUGAACCGUGGGAAAAGUGUAGGGGGAGAAAAACGCAAAGUGAAAUUUUAUGUUGAUUUGAUGCUAUGAGACCGUUAAUCCAUCGACCCCCACCAGAUAGAAGCUAAAGAAGAGUCGUGGGAGCCGCGAGUGAACUGUGUUCCACCCGUCUCGAGUUGUGGCAUUUGAAGUGGGUUUUUAGGAGAGGAGGAAGAAACUUUGAAACAAUCGGGUGUGGUGUCUCCUAGAUGUGAGCAGUCAAACGUCUUGCUAGAGUUUUGGACGAGAUGGUGGCAUGGUCUUCGUCUUAUCGGCGACACGUCCGUAUUCUGCUCGUCGGAGAUCAGGGCGUGGGAAAAACAUCCCUCAUACUGUCCCUGGUCAGUGAAGAAUUCCCGGAAGAUGUUCCAACGAAGGCGGAAGAAAUCACUAUCCCGGCUGACGUUACGCCUGAGCAAGUUCCUACCAAUAUAGUGGAUUACUCUGCCGCUGAGCAAUCGGAUGAUGCCCUAUCGGAAGAAAUUCAAAAGGCCCACGUAGUUUGUAUUGUUUACUCGGUAGAAUGCGAAAAAUCAUUGGAACGGAUAACCUCCCACUGGUUGCCACUAGUUAGGGAAUGUUCCGGUGAACAGCGGAAACCAGUGGUUCUCGUAGGCAACAAAAUAGAUCUGAUCGACUACUCGACCAUCGAUCAUGUUUUAACCGUAAUGGAGGAUUUUCCCGAGGUGGAAAGCUGUGUGGAGUGUUCGGCGAAAACCCUGCACAACAUAUCGGAAAUGUUCUACUAUGCCCAAAAAGCUGUGCUGCAUCCAACAGCGCCCCUCUACAUCAUGGAGGAGCAAGAUCUCACGGACGCAUGCAAGAAAGCGUUAGUGCGGAUAUUCAAAGUGUGCGACAUCGACGGCGAUGGGCUGUUGAAUGAUUAUGAGUUGAAUCACUUCCAGCGUCGAUGUUUCAAUGCGCCCCUUCAGCCACAAGUGUUGGAUGAAGUGAAAGCCGUACUGAUGAAAAACACACCGGAUGGCAUCCGCAAUGAUUCGGUCACACUGAAGGGCUUCCUGUUUCUGCACUGUCUGUUCAUUCAGCGAGGGAGAAACGAAACUACGUGGGCCGUGCUGCGUCGGUUUGGUUACAACGAAAACCUGGAAAUGAGCCAAGAGUACUUGCAUCCGCCGGCUAAGAUACCGCCAGGAAGUAGCACGGAAUUGUCUCAUCGCGGCCAACAGUUUCUGAUCUCGCUGUUCGAGCGAAGUGACCGCGAUGGGGAUGGUGCUCUCUCACCGGAGGAGUUUCGUGUAGUGUUCAACGCUUGUCCUUGUCCACCUUUUUCGACCGACAUCAAGCGGACCGUACCUACCAAUGAGAACGGUUGGCCAACCUUGCACGGUUGGAUGUGUCGCUGGUCACUGAUGACGCUUGUGGAUUUGGAUAAGACAUUGGAGUACUUAGCCUAUUUGGGGUUUAACGUGCACGAGAACGAAUCCCAACUGGCAGCUAUACACAUAACGCGAGAGCGGAGAAUCGAUCUGGCUAAAAAACAGAACAGUCGAUCUGUGUACAUGUGCCAUGUGAUUGGUCCCAAGGGCUCCGGGAAGACUGCUUUUUGUCGGGCCUUCCUAGCGGAAGACAUGCGGAAAAUAACGGAUAAGGAAAUUCGUGGCACGAACCAGUACGCCAUCAACACGGUGCAGAUUUACGGCCAGGAGAAAUAUCUCGUCCUUCGGGAUAUCGAUGUGCGACAGGUGCUGGAUCCGCUGCAACCGAGUGAAGUGAACUGCGAUGUCGCUUGUCUGGUGUACGAUAUGAACAAUCCCAAAUCGUUCGAGUAUAUCGCCCGGAUAUACAUAAAGUACUUCGCAGAAAGCAAAAUUCCAGUGUUGAUAGUGGGCGCCAAGGCGGACAUGGAGGAAAUCCGGCAGGAGUAUCUGCUGCAGGCGCCCGACUUUUGCCACAAGUACAAAAUACUUCCACCGCAGUACUUCAGUAUCAAGCACAAUAAAAAGGACGUCUACGUUAAGUUGGCGACGAUGGCGGCUUUUCCUCGUUUCCAAGCCGCCUGGAUUCUUUUCUAUAAACAUAGAUUGGUGCAGCUGUGGGAGCAAACUCACCUGAACCAAUUCGGACUCAUCUCGAGCGACCCGCUGCUCUGGUGGAAGGCUGGCCUCGGUAUAGCGGCUGCCACCAUCGUCGGAUUCUUUGUGGUGAAAGCGUUUCACGGUUCCAGUUCCCAUGGUCGAUGAAUCAUCGGUACCAAAACUCGGAUGGUGAGCUUAGCGUUCCAAAAAUAUAUCACUGAGUAGGGGAUAUCGGACUCAUCCACAUAUUAAAUAUCUCUACUGAAAUCGCGAAGGUAAUUUGAAUUGGUUAUUGUAAAUAUUUGCAAGAUUCGAUAAAAACGUGGGACGACCUGCGAACAUUACUUAGUGGUUUAAUCAAAUUAUGAUUAUGAUAGUGACAUUCUUCAACGCGUUGACGUAAUUUGGAUAGGUGAUAAAAGUUGUGAAGAUUUUGGCCAACUGUUACUCGCAGCAACUUCUAAUAUUUAUAGGGCCGAUUCUUCAAUAAACGAGGAGCAAUCUUGUUUGCGAACCACACGUUAUCUCACAGACAUAAUGAUACUAAGGACGUUUUGUUGAUGCAAUAUUAAUCUUAUGUUCUUUUUUCGCUGAAGACGACACAACAGACACAACAGUGAAGCAAAAUAAUGGUCCACAUACCUAUUUUGAAUAGUAAUUCGCACGUUUCAUUUUGACAUUUUGCUGGAUCGGCUUAAACAGUAGGCAGUAAUUAUUUUGUAUUUGUAAUUAAUUUGACGAUAGGGAUAGCGAUAUACACAUACAAACUCA